UGAUUACCUCAAAUAAAUCCUGAUGUAGAAAAACUAUCGCCCUACGAGUGUGGCUUUGACCCCUUAGGCUCCGCCCGACUUCCCUUCUCACUACGAUUUUUUCUCGUAGCAAUUUUAUUCCUCCUAUUCGACUUAGAAAUUGCUCUACUCCUCCCACUCCCGUGAGGUAUACAACUAACAUCCCCCUCCUAUACAUUCAUAUGGGCGUCAUCAGUUGUUGUUCUUCUAACCCUAGGUUUAAUCUAUGAGUGAAUCCAAGGUGGCCUAGAAUGAGCUGAAUAAACGAUUAGUAUAAUUAAAACACUUGAUUUCGGCUCAAAAGCACGUGGUUAAAAUCCACGAUCGUUUUAUGACACCUGUGCAUUUUGCUUUUUCAACAACAUUUAUUUUAGGACUUAUAGGACUUACUUUUCACCGAAACCACUUAUUAUCUGCUCUCUUAUGUUUAGAAGGAAUAAUGUUAUCAUUAUAUGUUGCCCUAUCCUUAUGAACACUUCAAUUAAACUCAAUCAACUUCUCACCCACCCCCAUACUAAUACUCGCUUUUUCAGCAUGUGAAGCAAGUGCAGGAUUAGCCCUUCUGGUAGCAACCUCUCGCACACAUGGAACCGACCGCCUUCAAGCCCUAAACAUCUUACAAUGUUAAAAAUCCUUAUUCCAACGAUCAUAAUAAUCCCCACAACAUGACUUACCCCUAAAAAAUGACUGUGGUUAUCUACAUUAACACAUAGUCUUAUCAUUGCUCUACUCACCUUAACUUGGCUUAUUUGGCCUUCUGAGACCGCCUGGUCAAAUUUAAACGGAUUAAUAGCUACAGACCCAUUAUCAACCCCCUUACUAAUUCUCACAUGCUGACUUCUUCCACUAAUAAUCCUUGCUAGCCAAAACCACACAACUAAUGACCCCCUUAAUCGACAACGAAUGUAUAUCUCACUUCUCACAUCUUUACAAGUAUUCCUUAUUUUAGCAUUCAGUGCCACAGAAUUAAUUAUGUUUUACGUAAUAUUUGAAGCCACUUUAAUCCCAACCUUAUUAAUUAUUACCCGAUGAGGUAACCAAACAGAACGGUUAAAUGCAGGAACCUACUUCCUGUUCUAUACUUUAGCAGGAUCCCUACCACUUCUUGUUGCACUACUAAUGCUUCAAAACAAAACAGGCUCUUUAUCAAUACUAACCCUACAAUACUCUAACCCCCUAAGUCUUAUUUACUUGAGUGAUAAAGUAUGAUGGGCGGGCUGUCUAAUAGCCUUCCUUGUAAAAAUACCACUUUACGGGGUCCAUUUAUGACUACCUAAAGCUCAUGUUGAGGCACCAAUUGCAGGAUCUAUAAUCCUUGCCGCAGUACUACUAAAAUUAGGAGGCUAUGGUAUGAUACGGUUAAUAAACAUUUUAGAGCCUUUAUCUAAACAACUAAGCUACCCUUUUAUAGUCCUAGCUUUGUGGGGAAUCAUCAUAACUGGCUUAAUUUGUUUACGACAAAAUGAUUUAAAGUCCCUUAUCGCUUAUUCUUCAGUAAGCCAUAUAGGACUGGUUACAACAGGUAUUCUUAUUCAAACCCCAUGAGGUUUCACUGGAGCAUUGGUGUUAAUAAUCGCACACGGACUUACCUCAUCCGCACUAUUUUGUCUAGCAAACACAAAUUAUGAACGAACACAUAGCCGAACCAUAGUUUUAGCACGAGGUCUUCAAAUAAUUAUACCCCUAAUGGCCACAUGGUGAUUUACUGCUAGUUUAGCAAACAUAGCUUUACCACCCCUACCUAACCUAAUGGGGGAGUUAAUAAUCAUCUCAUCUUUAUUUAAUUGAUCGCCUUGAACCUUAAUUAUUACAGGACUUGGAACAUUAAUCACUGCAGCAUACUCACUAUACUUAUUCCUUACAACCCAACGGGGCCCCCUAACAAACCACCUUCUCCACAUAGAACCAUCACACUCCCGAGAACACUUAAUCAUAACACUCCACCUAAUCCCGCUUAUUCUUUUAAUCAUAAAACCUGAGCUAUUAUGAGGUUGAGUUUUCU